AGGUGAUACGGGUACGGGAUGCUCCGUAAGAAAUGGCUGAAGGUGUUGAAGAAGAUCCAGACGACAUGAGGAAGAAGAGAACCACGCCUCGCUCCAUCUCUCCCCGGCGGCAGAGAGACAUGCUCCUCCCGGUCACCAAGCGCGUGUGGCCCAGCACGUACUGUGACCACAUGCCCCGCCUCAAGUCACCCCUGCACCUGGACACCAAGUUCCAGAAGGGCUGGAAUGAACUGGAUUUCGAGAAUCUUGGCGACAAGCCGGCAGUAUCGUACCAUGACAUAGACGACCGUAAGGACCGGCGGUCCAAGUCCGUAGUGCUGAAGUCUGGAGGCGGGUACCUGAGUACCGGAGACUCGGACGAUGAGGACGUGGACACCGCCCGCCGGAUGGUGGAGACAUCGAUGAGUCUGACGUCUCCUAGGGCUUCAAUGGAACGGGACAGAGCAAGCGGCUGGCGGAAUGUACUGUCCAGGAAUUCCGCCAGGAGGCGCUCCGGAAGAAAGCAGGCCGAGAGCCCUAGCCCUUUCUCGUAAAGAGGGCCAACAUUUUCUCCACGCAUCAUGCUGCUUUUAUAAUACAUUUAAGAAGCUAUUAUACUGUAUGAGUGUGCAGUAUUGUUGCAUCCUUUGGCAGAGGCCUAUUUGAAUAGACCUGUAAUUGCAAUUGUCUGUUUGAAAGAUUUUGUUUAACUUGAAGUUUGAGAGAAUUUUCAAAACCAAUGCAGACUGGCAUUCAACUUGAAACUUCAUAUGUAUUGUAUAUUCUUAAAGCCUUGGUCAAAUACUGCGAAAGAUAUCUGGUGAAAUAUGUUUAUUGAGGUUUGUUAGUUUAGCUUUUAUCUGGCCAAAGUGAACACAACUUGAAUAUCAUGGUAAACAAAGCCGGUGACUAUUUACAAAAUGUAUCGCGUUUUUACAAAAUAAAUGUAAUCCAAACUUCCAUUCCCAGAGUAAAAAUAAAUGUGCAACUGCAGCUUUUAAAAACUUACAUAAGGCAGGCAAGAUUUGUCACAGAUUCUACAGCAUCAAUUUUCGUGAAGCGUGUUUCAAAGAGGAUCUUGAAACUUUUUAGAAAGCUGAACAGUUUUCAUGAAAUCAUAAAAACAACACAGAAUGCAUUUUCCCCUUUCAGCGUGUUAUCAGAAUGUAAACUGUAGCACACACACUAUAUGUGUUCAUCAGCUACAAUGUGUUCCUCCUGUUUGUAUGUGAUAGUAGUUUAUCCUUGCACACUGUGGACACUAUAUUCACAUAGUUGGUGUUGUUGCAUCUAUAUAUAUA